AUGAACGGCGCUGGCGACCCCGAGAGGAACCUGGCCAUCGAAGAUUACAAAAAGACACUUUUGGACCUUCGAGAAUGGGAGGCAAAGCUGAAAUCUCUCCGUAUGGAAAUUAAAGACUCACAGAAAGAGUACGAUAUAACAGAAGAAAACAUCAAGGCGCUGCAAAGUGUUGGUCAGAUCAUCGGCGAAGUUCUCAAACAGCUAGAUGAAGAACGAUUCAUCGUCAAAGCAUCCUCCGGUCCGCGGUACGUCGUCGGCUGCAGGUCCAAAGUCGAUAAGGCGAAGCUCAAACAAGGCACUCGUGUGGCCCUCGACAUGACGACGCUUACGAUUAUGCGAAUGCUGCCUCGCGAAGUCGACCCGUUGGUGUACAACAUGUCCUUGGAAGACCCCGGUCAAGUGAACUUUGCCGGAAUCGGUGGUUUGAACGAUCAGAUCCGAGAACUGCGAGAAGUCAUCGAGCUCCCCUUGAAGAACCCGGAGCUCUUUAUGCGAGUCGGUAUCAAGCCGCCAAAGGGUGUUUUGUUGUAUGGUCCUCCGGUGGUUUCCUCUGCUAUCGUCGACAAAUAUAUCGGUGAAUCGGCGCGUUUAAUUCGAGAGAUGUUCGGAUAUGCGAAGGAACACGAACCCUGUAUUAUCUUCAUGGACGAAAUCGACGCUAUCGGUGGACGACGUUUCUCCGAAGGAACGUCGGCGGAUCGUGAAAUUCAACGAACACUUAUGGAACUGCUCAAUCAACUCGAUGGUUUUGAUUACCUUGGAAAGACAAAGAUUAUUAUGGCUACGAAUAGGCCCGAUACUCUCGACCCAGCUCUUCUGCGUGCUGGACGUUUGGACCGAAAGAUCGAGAUCCCCCUACCUAAUGAGGUGGGCCGUUUGGAAAUUCUCAAGAUUCAUGCCAGCACUGUGGUAACCGAGGGCGAAAUCGAUUUUGAGAGCAUAGUGAAGAUGAGUGAUGGUCUCAACGGAGCCGAUUUGCGUAACGUCGUGACCGAGGCUGGAUUCUUCGCAAUCAAGGAUGAACGUGACUCUAUCAAUCAAGAUGAUUUCAACAAGGCAGUCCGCAAGGUGGCCGAAGCAAAGAAACUCGAGGGCAAAUUGGAGUACCAGAAACUAUAG